AUGGUUGAGGCAGCCGCACGACCGAAGCUGAGAGUGGCCGUGCUGAAAUGCGAUAAUCCACUCGCAGUCAUACAAGAGCGGUACGGGAGCUACGGGGACAUCUUUGAGAAGUUGCUCAAGCAAGGGCAGGCUGGAGCAGCCCUCGAUGAGAAGUCGGACCUGGCUGUCUCAAAGUGGGACGUCGCUGACCAGCAGACAUAUCCUCGAUUGGAGGACGUUGAUGCUGUCCUCCUGACAGAAGCCAAUGUCGACGGUAACGCCGAGGAUCCAUGGAUCUUGACCCUGCUCCGGUUCGUGCAGGAAGCAUAUCGCAUGCGCAUACCGAUUCUUGGCGUGUGUUUCGGGCACCAGGUGAUCGCUCGAGCCUUGGGCGCCACGGUGAGGAGAAGCGAUUGCUACGAGAUCUCUGCGACCACAGUUAGCUUGACAUCGUCCGGAAGCUCUCUUUUCGAUGGCAAGCAGAAUCUGGUCCUGCACCAGAUGCAUCGCGAUGUGGUAGAGUCAGUGCCUGCCGGUUGUAAGUCGAUCGGCUCGUCUGCUCGCUGUGAAAUUCACGGCUUGUACCAGCCAGGCCGGAUCAUGACAUUACAAGGUCAUGCAGAGUUUGACCAGUUCAUGGUGGAAAGAGCGGCGUCUUCCAGGGCAGAGCAAGGCAUCCUGAGUGAAGAAGUCGCGAAAGAUGGGAUAGCAAGAGCGGAACUGCCUCAUGAUGGAGACUUGGUCGCACGCGCCAUGUAUCGGUUCGUAUGGCAGGCAUCGAAAGCACCGAGAAGAGUCUAG